GGCGCACUGCUUUUACGCAUAGCCUCCAGUCCUGCGGGAUAUUGUAGACCGUGUUUCUGAGCUGUGACGUUGACUCCAGAGAAGACGCCGGAGCAGCGCAGUCUGCCAUUACCUGGAUACCUGAGUUCAAAGUAAGAGAAGUUUAAAAAAGAAAAAGAAAUAGACUAAACCAGGAGAAGCGCUUGUUUGGAGACUGCGUAAAGGCGUGAUGACGCGUGGACUUCUAACGUUUAAGAAAGAUGGUUUGAUCGGCUGAGCGGCGUUUUUUAUUCCGCUGAACCUCACAUGAAAUCAUUUCUGAGAUUAACUUCACGUUAAAGGAGAAUUGAAGGGGAACGCCGUGUCACAGGGACGAGGCGAGUGCGCAGCGGCUCUGUCUGGACGCUUUGAGCCUGUGUCGACCUUGGCUUCACAUUUUGAAGAGACGCAGAACAUAUUGUGAGAAAAGUUCCCGCGGUGUUAUUUACUCAUUAACUAUACAAGCUGUUUGGAGGCAAGACUGAACAGGUUAGUGGAGGCAAGGACAGGAGAGCUGCGCCUGAAAAACUGGCUUCAUUUCACUAAACGAUGGUUGGACGUGAGUCAGCAGAGGCAGCACGAGUGGCACAUUGAGGACAUGGAGUGUUUACACUUGUUUGUGUUUGUCCAAACACACUCCUAUAGUAUUAGAUUUGAUAUAGAAUCUACAUUACGCGCACCAGUCAACCAGUAAAGUGUGUUUUCCCUGACCUGGAUGGCUCUACCGCCUACAAAAUAAACAACUGAAAAUAUUACAUUUCCAGAAGAGUUUUAUGGAGAUGUUUACAAAAAAACAAACAAAACAAAACUAGUGACUAGUCUUUUGAAACAAGACAGGCGGUGACUGAUGCAGAGAAGGAGCCAGAGAGGACAUCUGCUUUUGCACUUGCUUCAGGAAAUCUGAGAAAUAAAUUGAUUCGUUUUUAAGGGGAGAACCAUUUAUCACCGAACUUUCAAUCUGACUUUAAGACGCGCCAUAAAACGUCAGAAGAUUUAGGAUGAUGUGACUUCAGCUCACAGGUCAUUAGCCUGUACUCACUGCCCACCUCUUCUGUUCUUGUUCAGGGAGCUGAGACUCUGCACGGAGCCGUGACAGGACACACCGACCACAGUAACAGGGAUUUUGGCCGCGUAAAAAAAAAAAGAAAGAAAGAAAGAAAACAAGAAGGAGGCGCCUGUCGUGUUAAAGCAGAACUGUGUUUAGAUGGAUUCUUCAUGUUUGCUCCAGCCUCAGAGGAGUCAGUCCGCUCUGAACACUCGCAAGUCGCUGUGACAGCACGGUGUAAAACAUGACACAUCGCGGCGCACGGAUCGCUAAAAACAUGAGUUGCACGCAGCGUGGCAGGAGCGGCUCUCCUGUCCUCUCCGGUGCGCACAUGGAUCAGACGAUUACGCACAGGACAGCUGGUGGGACCAGAUGGAGGGUUCGGAAGAAGGAUAGACAGGAGAUUACCUCUGUGAUGUCAGCAAAGGCCAAGGUGCUGCUCUGGGUGCUGCUCUCUCUGCUGCCUCUAGUGGAAGGAGCUCACAUGAAGGCUGGUGCCGCUGGAGUGGGAUCAGACUCGGGCCACGCAGUGGACCUGCUGGGAGGUCAGGAAGAGCGCGAGCUUCCUGUGACGUUGCCUGAGGUGGUGGAGGACGAGGAGCAGGAAGAUGAGAGUGACCCCUAUUCUACUUUGCAUCCUCUAUAUGACCCGUUUGUAACGGAUGAGGUGGACGACCACCCCAGUAGUCGCUGGGCAGGGCGUUCUCCUCGCUCCUCUGACCCCACAGAACCUCAACCCAAAGGAUCGCAGAAGAAAAAGAAGAAGAGGAAGAGGAAAGACAAGGAGGAAGAGGAAGAGACGGGGAAAAGAGAUAAAAAGGGUAAAGGUAAAAGCAGACGGCCAAAGCAGAGCAGCAGGGACUGCCGCGUUGAGAAGAGAGAGAUGAAGGUUCGAGACCUGGGCCUGGGCUUUGACUCUGAUGAGAUUGUACUCUUUAAGUUUUGUGUGGGCUCCUGCCAAUCGUCAAGAACAAACUACGACCUGGCACUGAAGGCACUGCUGGAAAACGGGUCGCUGCCUCGCCGCAAAGUCAGCAACCACCCCUGCUGCCGGCCUGACCGCUACGAGUCAGUUUCCUUCAUGGACGCCCAGACCACGUGGAGGACCAUUCAGUCAUUAUCUGCUGCCAGCUGCAUGUGCAUGGGCUGAAGAUAUGAACGAGGCAGAGGGUGACCAGAGCAGGUGACAUCCAUCAUGACAACAGACGAGUCAAGAGGCCUCGGGGGGCGGGGGGGGUGAUAUGAGGAAGACCUGGGUGUAGGAAGCAGCGAGAGGGGGCGCUGUUGUGUACACAGAGCAGAGGAAGUGGUGAGGGCCACUUUUUGGUUUCCUGUGGUGCAUGCUGUUUUGAGGAGGAAGAGGCUUGGGUGCAGCUGGAUGACUGAGGGCGAAAGUCAAAAAUCAGAGACUGAGGGGGAGGUCACCUGGGAAACACGGGCUGGAUUAACAGUUGCCUCAUCAAAGAGUAAAUUGUUCUCAACUGAAUAACUGCAGAAAUUACAGAAACAGGCCAAUUGUGGCUCACAGGAGAGACUCUGUACGUGAACGUGACCGUUUGACUUCACGUGGGCGAGACGAAGAGCAAAGACACAUUUAAGGGACUGACACUGUGUUUGUUUUCUGGUUGGAGACUGAUGUGAUGUUAACUGUUACUCACAGCGCCGCCAGCUCUUAUAGCAUAAGUUCAGUCUCGUUCUUUCCAAACACAGACAGGGACAUUACGUUGUACCGUUUCUAUGUUCAGGUGAACUCAGCCAAAUGGAUGCCAUGCAUCUUCAUGUAUUACUGUAUAGAGUAAAAAUAUAUUUAUUUCUGGUAAAUUAUUUAUUUAUUGUAGCUUCAUAGAGCUGUUUUUAUGAACUCUUUAUUGUGGAUAAAUAUCUAUUUAUUGCCAAGAUGCAGAUUUCAUGUCGACAGUUAUUUCUUACUCCCUAACAGCACAUACACAGACGGAUUUCUUUCUUUUUUGAAGGUGCAGAUUUUCACAUCUAAACUCACCAGGAUUCUGGGCUAAAAAACCCUGCUGACUUUCAGUUAAAAAGAUUGGAGACAGUUAUUACUUGAGUGGUUUUAUAAAUUAAAAAACAAGAGAAGAUCUAAAUGUGCAAGGUUACAUUUCAUCAAGGACACAGUUUUGUGGUUAGAUCUGAGUUGUAGUAUCAACUUUUCCCGCUGCAUAAAUGAAAGAGAAAAUCGGUUUUCACGUCCAGAAUGUAUGUACAUCAAACAAGUAAAUACGCGUAUACUACAGGACCUCAAUGUUUCUCAUUUUACGUUUUAAGUAACUGAAUUCAGUUUGUCACUCUAUUAUAUUAUUAUAUUAAUAUUAUUAUUGUUACAUGAAGUUUUCUUUAUUUUUGUAUGGCAUUAUCCUCUAAGGGAAUAAAGUUGUUGUUGUUUUUUAAAUAUGGAACUUGUUAUCACUGCUAUUUAAUGAGGUUUUCCUCUCGAAGUGACCUCCACAAUGAUGUUUGUGGUGAAAGGCUGCAACACCUUU